GAAGUCGUGCAUUCUCAUCUCACACGUUCCAAGGUCAAGAAAGGAUCGUUGACAAGAACUAAAGAUCUCCAAGAAGAUAAUGGAAGAUCCACUUUUAUUGGGAGACAAUCAGAUAAUCACCGGAAGUCUUAAGCCGACGCCGACAUGGAGGAUGAAUUUCACGGCGGAGCUCAAGAACCUCAGCCGCAUGGCGCUGCCUAUGGCCACCGUGACUGUUGCUCAAUAUCUAUUACCCGUUAUCUCAGUCAUGGUCGCCGGCCACCGCAGCGAACUCCAGCUCUCAGGCGUUGCUCUUGCCACUUCUUUUACAAACGUAUCCGGCUUCAGUGUCAUGUUUGGUUUAGCGGGUGCACUUGAAACUCUAUGUGGCCAAGCUUAUGGAGCAAAACAAUACGCGAAAAUCGGAACUUACACUUUCUCUGCAAUAGUCUCAAACGUACCUAUAGUUGUUCUCAUAUCGAUUCUCUGGUUUUACAUGGACAAACUCUUUGUUUCACUUGGACAAGAUCCUGACAUCUCCAAGGUAGCUGGUUCUUACGCGGUUUGUCUUAUACCGGCAUUGUUAGCUCAAGCGGUGCAACAACCUUUGACUCGGUUUCUCCAGACUCAGGGUUUGGUUCUUCCUCUUCUCUACUGUGCCAUAACCACCCUUUUGUUCCAUAUACCAGUUUGUUUGAUUCUGGUUUACGCGUUUGGUCUUGGAAGCAAUGGAGCCGCCUUGGCUAUUGGUUUGUCUUACUGGUUUAACGUCUUGAUUCUUGCUUUAUAUGUGAGAUUUUCAAGUUCUUGCGAGAAGACUCGCGGCUUUGUGUCUGAUGAUUUCGUGUUGAGUGUCAAGCAGUUUUUUCAGUAUGGAAUACCUUCGGCAGCAAUGACAACCAUAGAGUGGUCAUUGUUUGAGUUCCUUAUAUUAUCUUCAGGACUCCUCCCAAACCCGAAACUCGAGACCUCUGUUCUUUCCAUUUGUCUUACAACCUCAUCUCUCCACUAUGUCAUUCCAAUGGGUAUUGGGGCGGCUGGAAGUAUACGGGUUUCAAACGAAUUGGGAGCGGGUAAUCCCGAGGUUGCGAGGCUGGCAGUGUUUGCCGGUAUAUUCCUUUGGUUCCUAGAGGCUACCAUUUGUAGCACACUUCUCUUCAUUUGUAGAGAUAUCUUCGGCUACGCCUUUAGCAAUAGCAAAGAAGUUGUGGACUAUGUCACAGAGCUAUCUCCUUUGCUUUGUAUCUCAUUUUUGGUUGAUGGAUUUUCUGCAGUGCUUGGUGGGGUUGCUAGGGGAAGUGGAUGGCAACAUAUUGGAGCUUGGGCAAAUGUGGUGGCUUACUAUCUCCUAGGAGCUCCGGUUGGACUUUUCUUAGGAUUUUGGUGUCACAUGAAUGGUAAAGGGCUAUGGAUCGGUGUGGUGGUUGGGUCUACGGCGCAAGGAAUCAUACUAGCUAUAGUCACUGCUUGCAUGAGUUGGAACGAGCAGGUUAAUAUCAAUCUGAAAUAUUUAUGACUCUUUGUUUUCCGUACUGAGGUUGCUUACAUCUUGAAUUUGCAGGCUGCCAAGGCAAGACAGAGAAUAGUUGUAAGAACUUCUUCAUUUGGCAAUGGACUUGCUUGAAGGGUUCUUUAUUCCCAUUUUUGAGACAUUAUAAUCUAAGUCACAUUAUAAUCUUUUUUCUUCAAUUUUGGCAUUGAUACAAUAGAGUUGUUUAUAAAAAAAUAUGAUAAAAUUUUAAACUUAACUAGUAUCGUGUAUCUGUUUUACCUUUCUGUUAUUAAGAGUCUGAUUUGAAACUCAUGUUAGAGUAGAUUUAAAAGAGAGAAAAGUGGUUCUUGUCAUUUACUCUAUUUUUCCUUUAGUCAAGGGAAGUAAAAAAAGAAACAAAUUUUUUUUUCUUUCCCUUUCAUGUAGAUAAACAAAUAUAAUUAAUAGAAUUAUUUAAA